CAACUUUUUGACGAGACCUCCCUUUGUCGUCGCCAUCGACGAGCUUCCAUAUCACCAGCAACGAUGGCGCAAAUUCCUGUUCAGACGAUCCAUAGGGAUCCACAGCUCUUCUACUGGAUCCUGAUCCCAAUCACGGUUGUUAUGAUACUAACAGGAAUCCUCCGCCACUACGCAACAGUCCUCAUGGCCACAACCCCGAAAAAGCAAGAGCUCCCCGCAAUCCGCGAACAGCGCUCCCUCCUCCGCGGCAUCAAUCUGCGCACAAACGCAAAUGCCAUCUCCCCGGUUUCCUUCCAAGCACGGAAAGACUACCUCGUAAACGCAUACGAGAAAGGCGAUUUUCUCAAAGAGCCGGAUAAGAAGGGCCAAGCGGCACCGAACCCGAUGACGGAUCCGGCCGCUAUGGAGGGCAUGAUGGGUAUGAUGAAGGGGAAUAUGGCGAUGAUGAUCCCGCAGACUUUAAUCAUGGGGUGGAUUAAUGCGUUCUUUAGUGGUUUUGUGAUGAUCAAAUUGCCGUUCCCGUUGACGAUUAAGUUUAAGAGUAUGUUGCAGGCAGGUGUUGCGACCAGGGAUAUGGACCCGCAGUGGAUGUCGUCUAUCUCGUGGUAUGUAUUGUGUAUAUUUGGACUGCAAUCGGUGUUCAACUACCUAUUGGGAAGUGAUAAUGCUGCCAGUCAGAUGGCGCAGCAGAUGGGUCAGAUGGGCCCAGGAGCUGGAGCGCAAAUGUUUGGACCGGGUGUAGAUCCCGACAAGCAGUUCCAGGCUGAGGCAGAGAAUCUGUCUGUGUUGGCUCAGGAGUACACCUUGGUAGGUGUGGAGGAGAGGCUUUUGGAGACGGUGAGAGUGUGAUCAGAGAAUUCUGCCUGAACCAUUGUAUAAUAUGAGCUGGUAUAAUCCAGGAAUUGACAGCAACAACGCUGAGUUGAACGUCCGGAUUGCUAGGCAAGGCCGGCAGUGGUCCGGUCCAAGCCUGAAAAGUUGGUGUCGUUGAUUCGAAGAUGCUGAGCAGCUCCAAUAGAAUAUUCGUGCUGCAUUUCGAAUCGUCGAGAAUCUAUUAAAGAGCCUAGAAUAAUUUCUGUUGAUCUCUUUCGCUUGCACUUUUGGCCCGCUGGCUUGAGGCCAGGUUCCACUGCUG